CGGCGCCCAGCGGCUUUUGCAAUUGUCCUCCACGCGGCUCGGACCCGGGUGGGAGGAUUAAUUCUGCAAAGGGCGCAGCGUCCAGGGCUCCAGCUGAGGAUCUAAAGAGAAAGCCACCUCGCUGCCACCAUGCCUAACUUUUCUGGCAACUGGAAGAUCAUCCGAUCGGAAAACUUUGAGGAAUUGCUCAAAGCUCUGGGGGUGAAUGUGAUGCUGAGGAAGAUCGCUGUGGCUGCAGCAUCCAAGCCAACAGUAGAGAUCAAACAGGAGGAUGACUCUUUCUACAUCAAAACCUCCACCACUGUUCGAACCACGGAGAUUAACUUCAAGAUUGGGGAGGAAUUUGAGGAGCAGACUGUGGAUGGGAGACCCUGUAAGAGCUUGGUAAAAUGGGAGAGUGAAAACAAAAUGGUGUGUGAGCAGAGGCUUCUGAAGGGAGAGGGCCCCAAGACCUCCUGGACCAGAGAACUGACCAAUGAUGGAGAGCUGAUCCUGACCAUGACAGCAGAUGACGUCGUGUGCACCAGGGUCUACGUCCGAGAGUGAGUGCCUGCGGGUCCAAGAACGGCCACAGACUCCUUCCCCUCCCCCACAGCCACUCAGCCCCCUCCCCUGUCUGUCUACAAACUAGCUCUCCCCUUAUUCCCGAGGAUCGCUGCUUCCUCCAGGGCCUCUUGUUCUUUGCCUUCUCUAUGCCAGAGAGGAACAGACUACAAUAGCCCAGAACCCCUCCCGCCAUCUCAUGCCCCUCCCCAGGUUAGCAGCUCCAUACCAGAGUCCUUCUUCCCGGAGGAGACUGUCUCUCUGGUCUCUACUCUUUAUCCUUGUAGUCUGUAUGGUUUAGAAUAUUUAUUUGUUAAUUUUAUUAAAA